AUGCCGCGUAGAACUAGUUCUGCGCAAAAAAGGGAAGGGGCUACCACACUAGAACCUGGAAUGUUUACGAGAGUGGUCGACCAAGGCCAAUCAGCUGGCACCGAAGCGCAUUCUGGUGACGCACAAGCGGCUGAGGCACUUUUCCGACUCUCAGCCUCGCCCGCAAUAGGUGCGCCGUCCUCGGUACAGGGCGCCAACGGUAAACCGUUGUUUCCCGGUUUGGCCCUGAGGAGCUCACCUUAUUUUGAGUUUUAUCCGCGUAACGGGACUGCCACGCCCAUGUUUUCUGGGAUUCUCGGGGGCAGUAUCAACUCUGCCGCUCUGACACCGCAAGCACUGAACGACCAGAGCGUUUCCGGCCUUGAUGCGUUGGGCGGAACUUCGCCCCGAUGGCAGACUUUCUCAGGUGCUCUUCAGCAACAGUAUUUCGCGCCAAAUAGUCGAGACGGAGACGCAAGACGUCCGACCGGUGCGCCUCUUUCAGGAAGCUUCCACUUGUUGCAGUCGACCCGCCUGGGCAGCCUAUCCCCCUGCAUUCGCGACCUAACUGAAAGCGGGCCUUUCCACGGAACGAGGAAUUUUAACGCGGAGAAUACACCUCUUCCAGGUGCCCGCUAUGCACACAGCUCGACUGCAGCAAUGCUCGACGCGCUUGUAGGAGAGAGCGCAUCGACGCCCGCUGGGCUCGAUGACGAACCCAAUAGCCGUUUUCGCUUGCACGGAGAAUCGCGGGCUUCUGGGGAGAUUACAGGGGCUGAUACUGCGGUUCCCCAUGACGGAAAACGAAAUGCGGCAAGUUUGCCUAUGUUCAAGAGCAGCCCCGACGAGGCAGAUCAAAAUUAUGCUGUGCAGCUCGAUAUCCUGCAGCCGACAUCGGAACAGCUCGCGUCGACCUUGCCGCAGAAAAGAAAACGCACGCAUCUCGAUUCUCACAGUCGGAAAGCAAAUCCACAGGACAAAGAUGACGAGCAAGACGCUAUCCCGGAGAGCUCUUCAUGCAUUGAUAGCUAUCUCGAACUCAUGCACGGGAAACAUGCAUUCCCACCAGAUUCACUGCAAGAAUUGUUCAAUGAGCUUGUUGAAAGAUAUCGAAGAGCGCAGCCUCUCUGGCUGCAACCCUGGGAUCAAAUACGUCCUGUCGUCGAGGACCGAUACAAUCCAGACGGCAGCCAGAUGAAAAUUGUGUACAUUCCCGUGCUCGUCCCUCUUGUCCAGAAUCCGUCGACUCUUGAGUCAGCUCUGGUUUCGGAGGAAGAAGGCGCCAAAAUGGUUCAAGCCUGUGUUCGGGAAAGCGGACUGUCGGGAUCGCAGACCGUUGGGCACUGCUACUCCAGCCGGGUGGGCGCUUCGAUUGGCAGCUGGCGCUCGGAGAGCGCUCUUGCUGCCGAAAACUCGGAAAGAACCUCCGAAUGCGAGGAUAUUGCGUACGUUCCGUCACCUACAAUCUACGCGCACCAUCAUAUUCCUGCGGUACGGCCGGAUAUGCCCGAAGGAACUCGGAAAGAGAUCGAGAAACUCUUCUCCGUGAGGGAAUUCAAGCAAAAGACCAGACAGGCUGCCAUUAUUCGCUAUCGUCAGAAGAAGAGAGAGCGGCGCUUCAUCAAAAUCGUGAGGUACUCUUGCCGAAAAAUUUUAGCCGAUAGCCGCCCUAGAAUUCGCGGUCGUUUCGUGAAACAAGACCCCUUAGGGUAG